AUGGAGAACGAAGACAACCUUGGUCCCCUUGAAAAGAUACUAGCCCGCAAUCAGCGGGAGAUCGACUCCUUGCCCCGAUGGCAGCGGAAAAUCUAUCACGACGCGGCUGCCCUUGCCUCCGCGCUGAUCAUCAUCAGCGUCUUCGAGUGCUUUUUCUUCCGCAACGUGUUCCUCAGGGCGCUGUUCUUCGCCUGGCAGGGGCAGCGCUUGGAGAGCCGCUGGCUGCUCGGCACCCUCGCCCUGACGCUGUUCGCAGAGCGCGAGGUCGGCACCAAGCUCGGCCUCGCCGCCCUGCAGUCGAGCGCCGAUUUCGCCGUCGAGCUGGCACUCAUGUUGCUCGUCUUUCCGCUGCACUUCUGGCGGUCGCCAGGCCAGCCGGUACCGGACCCGCGUCACGUUGCCGCCUGGGACGUUCUUUCGUCCGUCGCUUCGCUCGUGGUCGGCGCCCUGGACGACUACCACGGCAUGUCCUGGUGGCACAAGCUCGCCCGGGUCAACCCUGCGUUUCUUUGCAGGUCGGCCGGGCCGGUCUCUCUGUACACGACCUGUAGCCACUACGCGACCCUGGUUUUCCUCUUUGGCAGGUUGAACGCCAUGUUCCAUGAACAUCUGAACCAAGUAGAGGACGACGGCGAUGAAGCCCCCGAAGCGGAGCUCACAGCCCGCAGAAUCUGGACGUACAGAGCCCACUUCCUUUUUUGGGCGCUUCUGGCGCGGUUGUCGGCCAUCGUCUCAUUUGAGCUGGUCGCCGACGCGUCGGGCUGUCUUCAAUGCUGGUACUUCCAGGCAGGCAUGAAGUUCCUGGACUGGCUCCCUCUCAACCCCCGUCGCUUGCCGUUCACGGUUUGUGUUUUGGGUGUUCAUUAUUUGUCCCGAUACCGGUUCAUCAGCUGGGUGAUCGACCUUAUGGACAUGUUGGUCAAUCCGGAAAACCACGAAGAUGACGACGAGGAUUGGGACGAUGAGGAUUUAAACGAUGCCGAUUUGGACCAUAUCGACUUGGAUGAUGUCGAUUUGGAGCAGGAGGACGAUGACGAGUACGGCGAUGAGCACGACGAGGACGACGAAGAAGGCGAGGGUCCUGAGGAUGAUGCAGGUAGCGCAGACAGCGAGGAAACGACGGGCGAAACGGAUGACGGCGACGAAGACGAAGACGUGCCCGACUACGUGUACAUCCACCAAGACGACCGCGGGUACGUCUUCGAGCUCAAGGACGGCGACAGGUUCGAGCGCGAGGCGACCUACACGUACGACGGCGAGCAUGACUACAGGUACCGGUACGUCGACGCGUUCGAGAAGGUCUCGGUCCGCUCGCGCGCCACCGACCGCGGGUGGCGGGUGUCGUACAGGUACGCGCGCAAGGACGCGACGGGGGACGAGGUUCGCGAUCUGGUCCAUGCCGCCGGCGAACGGGAGGACUAUGGCAAUGUCUUGGUCAGCUCUGCAGAGAGUUCUGAGAGUCUGGAGCAUCGCCGAGGCCAAGGCGAGUAG